AUGGACACUAAAGUUUUGGAGCAAACGUAACUUGUGUCCUUUAAGAACUCUAUACAAUUGAUUGAUAUCAUGCAGUAGUUAAACGAUUUAUAAAAAUAAUAAAUAUAUAAUUUUAUUUCUCAUCCAAUGAUUGUAGGUUAAUCACAACUGAUCAAAUAUAGUCAAUCACAUACUCAAUAAACAAUAUUAAACAUAAUUGAGAGUCUAGGAACAAUUAUUGCUUAAGUAUUGGCUAUUGAGAAAUUUCAAACAUUUACAAACAAAACUAAAGGAUUAAGUGUGCAUUUAUUAAGUAAUGAAAUAUCAGAGAAGAGAAGGCAUUUUGUUGAUCUGGAAGACGAAUGUAAAAAGAAUUAGCAAUAAGAGGAAUGGCAAUUAGCUAGAGAUGAAUUCAAAAAGCUUUUAAAAAAUUUAGAGGAUUUGCUCAUAAAUAAAGAACAUAAAUUAUUAUUAUAAAAUAUUCUAUAACCUCCACCUCAAUAAUCCUCUAUUAUCAUUUAACCAGAUAAGAAGCAUCUUGAUGCAAUAGAAAGUUACCAUUAUCGAAGUCAGGUGAUUUUUCAUAAUUCUUUAUAAAAGGAUAAAACAGGAGAGGAAUUAUUGAAGUGUAUAAUUACUUAUAGGAAUGGAUUGGCUAAAUUUCUCUAUUUCUAAUUUAUCGAAUAAGGUAUCAAGGAUCUAGAUUUACUUUUAAAUUAUGUUUUGAUUAAUAAGACCUAAGGUAAUCACUCUACACUUUAAUAAUUGAAUGAAUAUAUCCAGUCCUUAUUUACUAAGAAUGAUAAACAAUAAUUAAUGAAGGAAAUUCAACUAAUCAUAGUUGUUUUUCCUGAGUUGGCCGAAUAUUUCUAAGAGCUUUAGAAUAAUAUCAAUGAUAACUCUCUUUAUUUUGACAAUAGAAUAGAACUUAACCCCAUCUAAUUUGAAUAUGUGCUCCUUAUUUACGACCACCUUGUGAAUCCUAGGAGAAAGUCGACUAGAAAAUUGACUUAGGAAACGAUAGUAUUUAUGAAGGAUUUGGAUUCGGCUAUAAGAGCUGGAUCAGUUUAAGGAAUUAAAAGUUUACUGAAGAAUUUAAAUAAAAAUAUUAAACAAGAAAUGCUAACUGAUUUUGAAUACCUUUCUGAAUUAGCUGUUUCGUCCAAAUUGAGAUUGUUUAUGAAAAUGAUUCAACAAAUUAAUGUACUCAAAGAACAUGAUAUUAAAGAUGAUUAUUUAAAUUUUCAAAUCGUUUUUCAAUAUGAUCGUGCUAUAUUCAAUGAAUGUAAAAAUGACGAUAUAUACCAUGAACCUUCAGCUGAAAUUUAAUAAAUAAAAGUCUAGUAGGUUUUGUACUAAUUCACUUAGGUUAUAGAAAAUGCAGCUGAUCUUGAAAAGAAUUUAAAAAACGAUGCCAUUUUAGAGAAACUUAAGACAUCAAUAAAGGAGUCAACAUCUUCUAUCGAAAGUUUAAUCACAUCUGCAUAAACAAUUAACAAAUUAUUGGAAAUACUUAAUUGUAUCUUCUUUUUCUAAAAAUUAAAUGUGACAACAUUUCUUAUCCUCUACCAAUACUUUUCAGACCUUAAAGAAAUACAAUAAAAAAUAAAAAAUAAUUAAUGUGAUGUAGAUCAAAUUCCGAAUUUGUACAAGUUAUUAUUGAAUUUCUAAUAUGAUGCAAAACAAUAGUUCCAAAAAUUAUUAAAUGAAAAAAAAAUGUCAAUCUCUGAAGAGCGCGCUGAAGAUUUAAGUGAUUUGAUAAAAGAAGUCGAAUAAUUUGAUCGAAAUAAUGCUGCAACUUUCCUUAAUAAUGUGAAAUAGUACUAUAAUAAGGAAUUGAAGGAUUUCCUCUUAAAAUUAGCUCAAAUUGGAACUAAGUAGUUCUAAGAGGCUGUUAAUUAUUUAAUUCAAUAAGUAGAUCCCUGA